GGAGAGAGAAAGAGAUGGCGGCUAUUGCGGUUAUUUUUGCUGGCAAACUGCUAUUCAGUUUCUAGCUAGAUCUUUUCAAAUCCAAGCUCUACUUUAGCGUUAUACAUAACUUAGAAUCCAUUUCACUUUCUUCAUCAACACUGGAAGAAGUUCUAAUUGUCCAUGGCGUUUCUUGAACUAGCUUCUUGAUUCAAGAAACAUUUGGUCUUUGUGAAAAGGAGUUUUUACUGGCUUUUUGCGAAGAUGGAAGCUCUCGUGAACGAGACAGUCGAUUUGGAACACUGCGCCAUUGAUGAGCUGUUUCCACAUCUGAAAUGUACCAAAGAGGGCCUCACUACUGAGGAGGCUGAAGAGAGGUUGAACAAGGUUGGAUACAACAGACUUGAAGAGAAGAAGGAGAGUAAAUUCCUCAAGUUUUUGGGGUUUAUGUGGAAUCCUCUUUCAUGGGUUAUGGAAGUGGCGGCUAUCAUGGCAAUUGCCCUUGCUAAUGGAGGAGGAAAGGCUCCGGAUUGGCAGGACUUUGUGGGUAUCAUCACCUUGCUAUUCAUCAACUCGACUAUUAGUUUCAUCGAGGAGAAUAACGCAGGCAAUGCAGCAGCUGCUCUCAUGGCUCGCCUUGCUCCAAAAGCAAAAGUUCUUAGAAAUAGGACGUGGAGCGAGAUAGAGGCUUGCGAAUUGGUGCCUGGAGACAUUGUUAGCAUAAAGCUUGGAGAUAUAGUUCCUGCUGAUGCUCGUCUCUUGGAGGGCGAUGCCCUUAAAAUUGAUCAGUCUGCUUUGACAGGGGAGUCCCUUCCUGUGAACAAGGGUCCAGGAGAAGCAGUUUACUCUGGUUCUACGUGCAAACAAGGAGAGCUCGAAGCUGUUGUUUAUGCAACGGGUGUUCACACCUUCUUUGGAAAGGCUGCUCACCUUGUCGACAGCACUAAUCAAGUCGGGCACUUCCAAAAGGUUUUAACUGCGAUUGGAAACUUCUGCAUAUGCUCCAUUGCGGUGGGGAUGGUUAUAGAGUGUAUAGUGAUGUACACUAUUCAACACAGAAAAUACCGGGCUGGCAUCGACAAUCUUCUUGUUCUCCUCAUUGGAGGAAUUCCAAUAGCCAUGCCAACUGUCCUCUCUGUUACAAUGGCGAUUGGCUCCCAUAGUUUGGCUCAGCAGGGAGCUAUAACAAAGAGAAUGACUGCUAUAGAAGAGAUGGCCGGGAUGGAUGUGCUUUGCAGCGACAAGACAGGGACCCUCACUCUGAACAAGCUUACCGUUGAUAAGAAUCUCAUCGAGGUGUUUUCGAAAGAUGUUGAUGCUGAUAUGGUUCUUCUGAUGGCGGCUAGAGCCUCUCGAACAGAAAACCAGGACGCUAUAGAUGCUGCUAUUGUAGGAAUGCUGGCUGAUCCGAAAGAGGCACGUGCUGGAGUUCGAGAAGUGCACUUCCUUCCUUUCAACCCCACUGACAAGAGAACGGCAUUGACUUACAUAGACAACGAAGGAAAUUGGCACAGGGCUAGCAAAGGUGCACCAGAGCAGAUUCUAAACCUUGCACACAAUAAGUCUCACAUAGAGCGAAGAGUUCAUGCUGUGAUUGAUGAUUUUGCGGAAAGAGGUCUGAGAUCACUUGGUGUGGCAUACCAGGAACUUCCAGAAGGAACGAAAGAUAGUACUGGAGGACCAUGGCAAUUCAUUGGUCUAGUGCCUCUCUUUGAUCCACCUAGACACGACAGUGCAAAAACAAUAAGAGAGGCAUUAGAUCUUGGAGUCAAUGUCAAAAUGAUAACUGGGGAUCAGCUUGCAAUAGGAAAGGAAACCGGCCGAAGACUAGGAAUGGGGACUAACAUGUAUACAUCAGCUUUACUGGGCCAAAAUAAGGAUGGAUCGAUUGCUACUCUGCCGAUUGAUGAGCUCAUUGAGAAAGCUGAUGGCUUUGCUGGUGUCUUCCCAGGUAAUGACUCUCUCUCUCGAAUCCUAAUCCUAAUGAAUGCAUUCUCAAGUUAUAUGCUCAUCUUGGAUAUACUGGACUGGUCAGAACAUAAAUAUGAGAUUGUAAAGCGCCUGCAAGCUAGAAAACACAUAUGUGGAAUGACCGGCGAUGGAGUGAACGAUGCUCCUGCUCUGAAAAAGGCUGAUAUCGGCAUUGCUGUAGCCGAUGCAACUGAUGCAGCACGCAGUGCUUCUGACAUCGUCCUUACUGAACCUGGACUCAGUGUCAUCGUCAGCGCUGUUCUGAGCAGUCGAGCGAUCUUCCAGAGGAUGAAGAACUACACGAUUUAUGCCGUUUCUAUUACAAUUCGUGUUGUGCUUGGUUUCAUGCUGUUAGCCUUGAUAUGGGAAUUCGACUUUCCACCUUUUAUGGUUCUUAUCAUUGCAAUACUCAAUGAUGGUACUAUCAUGACUAUAUCGAAAGAUAGAGUUAAACCAUCACCUCUGCCAGACAGCUGGAAGCUCUCCGAAAUCUUUGCAACUGGUAUCGUUCUUGGUAGUUACUUGGCAUUGAUGACUGUCAUCUUCUUUUGGACAGCGUAUAAAACAGAUUUCUUUCCCCGCGUGUUUGGGGUGGAAACACUUGAGAAAACUCCCAACAGCGACUUCAGGAUGCUUGCUUCAGCAAUAUAUCUGCAAGUAAGCACCAUCAGCCAGGCUCUGAUAUUCGUGACAAGAUCAAGAAGCUGGUCGUUUGUUGAGCGCCCUGGUCUGUUGCUCGUGGCUGCAUUUGCCGUUGCCCAACUGGUUGCUACUCUAAUCGCGGUAUAUGCAAGCUGGAGCUUUGCAGCAAUUGAAGGAAUCGGUUGGGGCUGGGCGGGCGUGAUCUGGCUAUACAACAUCAUUACAUACAUCCCUCUCGACAUCAUCAAAUUCUUCACGCGUUACGCUCUCAGUGGGAAAGCUUGGGAUCAUGUUCUUGAAAGAAGGACUGCUUUCACCAGACAUAAGGAUUUUGGGAAGGAGCACCGCGAGCUUCAAUGGGCCCGCGAGCAGAGAACCCUUCACGGGCUGCAAGUGCCGGACACCAAACUUUUCAACGAGAUAAACAAUUUCUCCGAGCUCAACCAGCUCGCAGAGGAAGCCAAACGAAGAGCUGAGAUAGCAAGGAUGCGGGAGCUGCGCACGUUGAAAGGACACGUUGAAUCGGUUGUUAGGCUCAAGGGUCUGGAUAUUGAUGAGAUUAAGCAAGCAUACACUCUAUGAGAAGAUGAUCCAGUGAAUCUGCCUUUUUCUUAUAUUUGGACAAGUUUAUUUUUUUUAGAAGUUUAUUCUUUUUGAUUAUGAACAUUUAGUCUAGACAUUGGCUAUCAUGUUACAAGGUUUUUUUUUUUUAAUCAUACAUGAAGCCUUUUUCAGACUUA